AUGGCUAGAGAUAGGCUAGCUGCGUUGAGAGCUCAGCAAAACGCUGGCGGUGGAAGCUACGACCAAUUCCAACAGCACUCAUACUCCACGCCCCAAUAUGAGAUGGACGAUGUAUCCUCUACCAAGAACAUAUCCACUAUCGGUGAUAUGUCGUCGUUUUUCAACAAAAUAUCAGAUAUACAGUCGUCGUUAGCUGGUUUACAAGGAAAUAUUUCACAGAUUGGCCAGCUACAUAACCAGUCUUUGAAUAACAUGGAUGAGAAGGCUCAAGAUCGCGUUCACGCUGAACUUGAAUCACUCGUCUCACACACCUCGAAGCUCACUAACAAGAUAAAGACUGAAAUUAAAUCCCUCGAGAAGGAAAACGCGUCUGGUCAAGUCCCUACAAACGACAUCAACGUUAGAAGAACUCAAAUUGCGUCUGUAAAGGGUAAAUUCUUAGAGACUAUCCAAGAUUAUCAGAAAGUUGAGCAAACCUCACGCUCAAAGCAGAAACAAAGAAUUGAGAGACAAUACAGAAUUGUUAAACCUGAUGCUAACCCUGAUGAGAUUGAACAGGCUGUUGAUAGCCCCGAUAAUCAGAUAUUCAGUCAGGCUCUUUUACAAUCUAAUAGAUACGGUGAUGCUAAAUCUGCUUAUAGAGAGGUUCAAGAUAGGCACGAGGAUAUCAAAAAGAUUGAGAGAACUCUGACCGAGUUGGCUCAGUUGUUCAACGACAUGUCUAUCCUCGUUGAGCAACAAGACGAUACUCUACAAAACAUCCACGCUUCUGCUGAAGAGACUAACAAAGAUAUGGAACUCGGUCUUCUCCAGACUGAAAGAGCUGUUAAAUCCGCCAGAGCCGCUAGACGUAAAAGGUGGAUCUGCUUCUGGAUCACUAUUGUCUCAUGUGCGAUUAUUGCCGUCGUACUCGGUUGUGGUAUUUACUUUGGAGCCGUCCGUCCUGCUCAGAGAAAUGAAGGUCCUGUUGCGAGUGUCACUCAAGCUUAG